AUGGAAGAAGUCAACCAGUCUGUUGUGUCUGACUUUGUUAUUCUUGGACUUUGUGAAUCAUGGAAGAUACAGACCUUUCUUCUAUUGAUAUUUUCUUCACUUUAUUUGAUCACCAUUUUAGGCAACACCUUCAUUGUUUUCUUAAUCAUUACUGAUCUCAGCCUCCGUUCUCCUAUGUACUUCCUGUUAGCCAAUCUCUCUUUCAUUGACUUCUGCCUCUCCUCAGUCACUACACCUAAAAUGAUCACAGAUUUUCUCAAGGAAAACAAGUCCAUCUCCUUUGGAGGCUGCAUGUGCCAGAUUUUCUUUGGGCAUUUCUUUGGAGGAGGUGAGAUGCUGCUGCUUGUGUCAAUGGCAUAUGACCGUUAUGUAGCUAUAUGCAAGCCACUCCAUUACUCUAGCAUCAUGAACAGACGGAUGUGCAUUGGAUUAGUGAUGACAUCAUGGAUCACUGGCUUUCUUCAUUCAGUAAGUCAACUAGCUUUGAUUGUAAAGCUGCCGUUCUGUGGACCCAGAGAAUUGGAUAGUUUUUUCUGUGAUAUUCCAUUGGUUAUCAAGCUAGCCUGCAUGGACACCUAUAUUCCGGAAAUGUUGAUAAAUGCUGACAGUGGGGUACUAGCAACCAUCUGCUUCAUUCUAUUGCUGAUCUCCUACUCACAUAUCCUACUUACUGUCUGCCUUCACUCUAAGGGUAGAGCAUCCAAGGCUCUCUCUACAUGUACUGCCCACAUCACCGUGGUGGUAUUAUUCUUUGGGCCCUGUAUUUUCAUUUAUCUGUGGCCACUCAGCAUCAUUUGGGUGGACAAGUUUCUUGCUGUAUUUUAUGCAGUCAUUACACCUCUCCUGAAUCCAGCUGUUUACACCCUAAGAAACAGAUUAAAAAUGCCAUGA